UUUCUAAGUGCCCAUUAAAGCGAGUGUUGCUAAACUUUAAUAAAUAAUGAAUGAAAUAAAGUGAAAAACUGUAGUAAUAAAGUGGCUAUGGACUCGUCUCUGGAUCGAUUAAGUGCCGCACGGCCGAUCCAUCGCUCCUCAGCGCUGACCGGCAGCGGCGGGAGUAGCUUACCGCAGCGUGCGCUGGUCCACGCUAGCUUAGCCACGGUGGGCAGACGUGGGCGCCAUCUUACCGGCACGUUUUGCCUUACCGGAGAUACCAUGGAGGGGAUUAUUCAGUGUUUGGUGUUCUUAAAGGCGUUCUCGCUUGUGGGUGGUGAAUUCGACAUGGAACUAAACUUCGUCAUCCAGGACGCCCAAAACAUCCGACACAUGCUAGAACUACUUGAUCACUGUCCACCCAAUUUACAGGCCGAAAUUUGGAGCGUUUUCAUCGCGAUCCUGCGGAAAAGCGUCCGAAAUCUGCAGGCGUGCACCGACGUCGGCCUUAUCGAGCACGUACUCAAGCGACUCCGAUAUGCGGACGCCGUCGUAGCAGAUUUGCUCAUAGAAAUGCUCGGCGUCUUGGCAAGUUACAGCAUCACAGUGAAAGAACUGAAAUUACUUUUUGGCGCCAUGAAGGCUUCGAAUGGCAAAUGGCCCCGACACUCGGCCAAACUGCUGAACGUCCUGCGUCAGAUGCCCCAGAGGACCGGUCCGGACGUUUUCUUCAGUUUUCCAGGGAAAAAGGGCUCGGCAAUAGUUCUGCCCCCGCUGGCAAAAUGGCCUUAUGAGAACGGCUUCACCUUCACGACGUGGUUUCGACUCGAUCCCAUAAACUCUGUCAAUAUCGAGAGGGAAAAGCCUUAUUUAUACUGCUUCAAGACCAGCAAGGGUGUCGGCUACACGGCUCACUUUGUCGGAAACUGUUUGGUUCUGACGUCAAUGAAAGUUAAAGGAAAGGGAUUUCAGCACUGCGUGAAAUACGAAUUUCAACCGAGAAAGUGGUACAUGCUGGCCAUCGUGUACAUUUACAACAGAUGGACGAAGAGCGAAAUCAAAUGUUUCGUGAACGGUCAAUUAGCGUCCAACACCGAAAUGGCCUGGUUCGUGUCCACUAAUGACCCCUUUGAUAAAUGUUACAUCGGAGCUACGCCCGAGCUAGACGAAGAGCGGAUAUUUUGCGGUCAAAUGUCCGCCAUUUAUUUGUUUAGUGAAGCACUGACGCCACAUCAGAUUUGUGCCAUGCAUAGACUAGGACCGGGCUAUAAGAGCCAGUUCAGGUUUGACAAUGAGUGCAACAUAAAUUUACCAGACAAUCACAAACGGGUGAGUGACAGUAGUGAGGAAAAUGCACAAAGCAUGGUUAUUAUUACUGCAUCCGAUGUACGAACCGUGCUAUACGACGGAAAGUUAUCGGGGGCUAUUGUGUUCAUGUACAAUCCGGUGGCGACCGAUACCCAAUUAUGUUUGCAAUCUGCUCCCAAGGGGAACGUUUCGUAUUUCGUCCAUACGCCCCACGCCCUUAUGUUGCAAGAUGUGAAAGCUGUGAUAACUCACUCCAUCCACAGUACAUUAAACUCAAUCGGAGGCAUACAGGUACUAUUUCCGCUAUUUUCCCAACUGGAUUUCCCCUUUGAGUGUAACGGAUCCGCCGAUAUGAAAAAGGAUUCCGCUCUAUGUUCGAAACUGUUGGGGUUCAUUUGUGAGCUGGUGGAGACCUCGCAGACCGUACAGCAGCACAUGAUCCAGAACCGGGGAUUUUUGGUGAUCAGUUUUAUGCUGCAACGAUCGUCCAGAGACCAUCUCACCAUCGAUGUUCUGGGGUCGUUUUUAAGUUUGACAAAGUAUUUGGUUACUUGUCUUAGUGCCAAUAGUGAACUGUUGUUGAAACAGCUGUUAGAUCACGUACUAUUCAAUCCCGCCCUGUGGAUUUACACCCCGGCACCGGUCCAGGCGAGACUUUACUCCUAUUUGGCCACCGAGUUCCUCUCGGACACCCAAAUCUACUCCAACGUACGAAGGGUGUCCACCGUACUUCAAACCGUACACACCCUAAAGUAUUAUUACUGGGUGGCGAACCCUAGAUCCAAGAGCGGAAUUUACCCUAAAGGGCUCGAUGGUCCCAGGCCAGCCCAGAAAGACAUUCUGGCCAUAAGAGCUUACAUCCUGCUCUUCCUCAAGCAGCUGAUUAUGAUCGGCAACGGAAUCAAAGAGGACGAACUCCAAAGUGUCCUGAACUACUUAACGACCGUGCAUGAGGACGAGAACCUCCACGACGUCCUGCAAAUGUUGAUUUCCUUAAUGUCCGAGCAUCCCUCUUGUAUGGUGCCGGCUUUCGACGCUAAGCAAGGGGUCAGGACGAUUUUUAAGCUUUUAGCUAUGGAAAGUCAGCUGAUACGGCUGCAAGCUUUGAAGCUUUUAGGGUUUUUCUUGAGCAGAAGCACCCACAAGAGGAAAUACGACGUUAUGAGUCCGCACAACUUGUACACCUUGUUGGCGGAUCGGUUGUUGUUGAACGAGGAGUCUCUUACGCUACCCACUUAUAACGUUUUAUACGAGAUUAUGACGGAACACAUUAGUCAGCAGAUACUUUACACCAGACACCCGGAACCUGAGUCGCACUUUAGACUGGAGAAUCCUAUGAUCCUUAAAGUGGUCGCGACCCUUAUACGACAAUCGAAGCAAACGGAUCAGCUGUUGGAGGUGAAAAAACUUUUCUUAUCGGACAUGACGUUGCUCUGUAACAACAACAGAGAAAACCGAAGAACCGUACUUCAGAUGUCGGUGUGGCAAGAGUGGCUCAUAGCGAUGGCCUAUAUCCAUCCGCAGAACACUGAGGAACAAAAAUUGUCGGAUAUGGUUUACGCUUUGUUUAGGAUGCUGUUGCACCAUGCCAUUAAGUAUGAGUAUGGGGGAUGGAGGGUGUGGGUUGAUACGUUGGCUAUAGUCCAUUCUAAGGUGUCUUACGAAGAAUUCAAACUGCAAUUCUCGCAAGUGUACGAGCACUACGAGCGUCAUCGUGCUGACCAAAUAACCGAUCCGCUAGUCAGACAACAGCACCCGAUCAGUACCAUUUCGGGGUGGCACGGUCAACCCCCGCAGACGAUGCACAACGGGUGCAACACGGACGACGAUUGGCACCACGACGUACGUCCGACCAUCAGAGAAAUCGAACUGAACGAGAACGACAAGAGCGAACAAGUAUGCAGCUGCGACUACAACUCCACAAUAUCCGAGGGUAGUCCGGUCUCGUAUAUGGCGAAACACGAGGACAGUGAGGGAGUGAGUUUAGAUUCACGGACUAGUGACUUGUAUAGUGACAAUAAAAUCGGGAAAGAGUCGCCGUAUUCGCGAGACGACGAUGCGGGUUCGCCGUUGUGCAAUGGAGUGCACACCGGGGCGAGUAGCACGAGCUUCGGAAGUCCCACUAAAGUGGAGUUCAGUGAGGAGCAACAAAAGAGCCAAAUCAUCGAGGAAAUCGUGCAAGAAAUCCUGGCCAAGUCCGAGAAGCUGCUGGAGGAGCAACUCAUUUGCUCAAAAGACGAAUCCAGACCUACAGAAGUCCAGGAAUUGAACAGUAAAAACGUUGAGCUAAAUAAAACUGCCAAAGAUGCGGAUCUGGUUGACCCAAUUAGUCCGGUUAAAAGUAUCGAAAAGGGUGAACUAAUCGACAGCGAGUCCGAACGUUAUUUAACACCAACGGAAGAGUUAAACGCGACGAAAACCCAAGACAAUGGUGAUAAUAGCGGUGACGCGAACGCGAUAGUGACGUUAAACGAGGAGGGUCAAGGUGACGUUAGUGAUAAGCAUACCGUUAGUGAUAGUGAACUUACUACUAAUAAUUUUGUGCCAAUUGUUGAAAAUAGUGCUGUGCCAGUAGAAAUAGAGCCGUCCAACCAAACAAACAAUUCUAGUCUAAUUAAGGAUGAACCGAACGUUCCAACGGGCACCGCAUUGGAAGCAAAUGAGAUAACAGAUGAAGAAGAAGAAGUGCCUACCGUAGAAAAAAUUCCAACGAUUUCGCAAUACUGUGAUCCUAGCUAUUCUACUGCUGCUGCUAGUAACGCGUCUCCUCCGGACGUCGUUGCUGACGUUAGUCCUAAGAGGGAGAUGAUGCGUGCGGCUGAGGUGGUGGUGCCUCACGGUGGUGAGGUGAGAAGGAGGGUCAGUUUGCCGACCAAUCAUAUGGAGUCGCAGACUCAGGAAGAUCGUACGAGUAGUUCACACGUGCCUCAAGCUUCGCCUCAGCGACGACCACGGAGCGCCUCGAUUUCCACCCAAGUCGAUUCGAAUCAAUUUGAACCGAAACAUUCAAAAUCAGACCCCACGUCGAGCACCAGACCGAUGUUCAGUCCGGGUCCAACGAGACCCCCAUUCAGAAUUCCAGAGUUCAAGUGGUCCUACAUCCACCAGAGGCUCCUCUCGGACGUCCUCUUCUCCCUGGAGACGGACAUCCAGGUGUGGAGGAGCCACUCGACCAAAUCCGUUCUAGAUUUCGUCAAUAGCAGCGAUAACGCCAUCUUUGUCGUCAAUACCGUUCAUCUCAUUUCGCAGCUGGUCGACAAUUUGAUUAUCGCUUGCGGAGGGUUGUUACCCCUUUUAGCCUCUGCUACCUCACCGAAUAAUGAAUUAGAUGUGAUCGAACCCACACAAGGGAUGCCUAUAGAGGUGGCCGUCAGUUUCUUGCAGCGACUGGUCAACAUGGCAGACGUGUUAAUUUUCGCUAGUUCUCUUAAUUUUGGCGAGUUGGAGGCGGAGAAGAACAUGUCCAGCGGUGGGAUAUUGAGGCAGUGCCUCAGACUGGUGUGCACGUGUGCUGUACGCAAUUGCCUGGAGUGUAAAGAGAGGAGCAGACCGCACCAACACGCUAUUGCACCCACCACGCUAAGCGCCAAUCACAAGGCGGCCCACCUGCAGUCGUUUAUUAGAGGAGUGCAGACCUCCUCACCUAAGAACAUGGCUGACAACUUAGCGAACCAGUCCAGCCCUGUAAAAGACCCCGAGAAACUGCUACAAGACAUGGACGUGAACAGACUGAGGGCUGUCAUUUACAGAGACGUGGAGGAGACCAAACAAGCUCAGUUCCUAUCUUUGGCCAUAGUCUAUUUCAUAUCGGUCCUAAUGGUUUCCAAGUAUCGGGACAUUUUAGAGCCUCCCGUAUCGGUUAGAGCUCCUAGUCCGGUACCUGUGAGGAGCAACGGGACUUCCCACCACUCUGGAAGCCCUCAAGAAGGGAGCGCUCGUCCCCUUUUUCCCCAAUGGUCCCAUCACGUUUAUCCCCAAUUUUUACCGGGAUCCCAUCCCAACGCGGUGUCGCACACCAACUACCUACGGCACCGUCACCACUCCCACCCCAAACACAACCAUUUUAACCUGAAUAAUAACCAUCACUCCCACUACCAUAACCAUAAAAUCGACCACCAUCGAUACCACCAUCGCAAUUCUUUGGGUACCAGAACAGCCUCCAGAGGUCUCCACCAUCAUCCCCAAGAGGACAGCGACUAUGACGUCAUCACCGCUUACGUCAUGGAGGACUCUAACUCCCUAAACCACGAGAAUGAGUUACAUUCAGGACCUGCCUCAAUUAAAGUUAGCGCUAGACAGCGCCCAUCUUUGGGACAUGGGUUUACUGUAGAUUACUCUUUGGAUGGAAUAAGGCAUGCUCGAGGUUGUAACAGUGCUCGUGUUGUUAAGAAGAGCACAGAUUCAUUAGAAGACGUGAACUCGGUGAACUCGGGGGAUACGAACAACAUUGAGCCCGGCACCGAGUUACCUGAAGAUAAUAAUAAAAUCCACAUAAACGACGAGAAUUGGACGGACAUUAAUUUGAACGAGGACGAUUCCAGGACGGAUCUUAAGGAGGAAUCCAGGAACGUGCAGAAUAUGUCGCACUCACAGGGUCUGGAUCUGGAGGGAAACAUUGAAAGUCCUACCUCAGAUCGAGGUGAAAAACACUUGGGCCAAAUCUCCGUAGUCCGAGUACCAGAAAGCAUGAUGCAACCACCAACACCUCAAGCGAGACCGGACGAACUACCGGUUAGCAACCUGGUGGACCACAUCUCCCUGCCCACCCCUUCGAGGGAGGCAUCGCUCACCCAAAAACUGGAAAUGGCCCUGGGGUCGGUGUGUCCCCUGCUACGCGAGAUCAUGGUCGAUUUCGCACCGUUUCUAUCAAAAACCCUCGUGGGGUCUCACGGGCAGGAGCUCCUGAUGGAGGGCAAAGGACUCACCACGUUUAAGAACAGCAACUCGGUAGUGGAGCUGGUGAUGCUGUUGUGCUCGCAAGAGUGGCAGAACUCGCUGCAAAAACACGCCGGACUCGCAUUUAUCGAGUUGAUCAACGAGGGCAGAUUGUUGUCGCAUGCUAUGAAAGAUCAUAUUGUGAGGGUGGCCAACGAGGCUGAUUUUAUUUUGAACCGGAUGAGGGCCGACGAUGUGUUGAAACAUGCUGAUUUUGAGACCCAAUGCGCUCAGACCCUGAUGGACCGCAAAGAAGAGGAGCGCAUGUGCGACCACCUGAUAACGUCGGCGCGACGUCGCGACAACGUAACCGCGAGCCGUUUGUUAGAAAAGGUGCGCAACAUCAUGGCGAACAAACACGGGGCCUGGGGUGCCACCGACCCGGACGACUACAAACUGACCGAAUUCUGGAAGUUGGACGCGUGGGAGGACGACGCGAGACGUCGUAAACGUUUCGUCCAUAAUCCGUUGGGAUCUACGCAUCCGGAAGCGAGUUUGAAGGCCGCCAUAGAACACGGGGCGCCGGAGGAUGCGAUUUUACAGGCGAGGGAGGAGUUCCACGCCCAUUUGGCGACGUCCAGGAACCAUCAGCAGAACCAGACGUGCGAGUUGGUGGAUGAUAACGAGUUGCUCAUUGACGAUCGGGAGUUGGAUAGCGAUUUGAAUGGUCCUGUGAAUAUUAGUACUAAGGCUAAGCUGAUUGCCCCGGGGAUUGUCGCCCCUGGGAUGGUCUCGGUUACGUCUGCGGAGUUGUACUUUGAGGUGGACGAGGACGACGAGGAGUUUAAGAAGAUGGAUGGUGAGGUACUUAAGUAUUGUGACCAUUUACAUGGCAAGUGGUACUUCUCGGAGGUGCGUGCGAUCUUUUCCAGGAGGUAUUUGCUGCAGAACAAUGCCAUUGAGAUUUUUCUGGCUAGCAGAACCUCGAUUAUGUUCGCCUUCCCAGACCAAAACACCGUCAAAAAAGUGAUCAAGGCCCUACCGAGGGUGGGGGUAGGAAUCAAGUACGGUAUCCCGCAAACCAGGAAGGCGAGCAUGAUGUCGCCGAGACAACUGAUGCGCAACUCGAACAUGACCCAGAAGUGGCAACGUCGUGAAAUCUCCAAUUUCGAGUACUUAAUGUUUUUAAAUACCAUUGCAGGAAGGACUUACAAUGACCUGAACCAAUAUCCGGUUUUCCCAUGGGUGCUGACCAACUUCGACUCCAAAGAACUGGACUUAAGUCAACCGAACAACUAUAGGGACCUCUCCAAACCGAUCGGGGCAUUAAAUCCUAGCAGAAGGAACUAUUUCGAAGACAGGUAUUCGUCGUGGGAGCACGAGAGCAUACCACCGUUCCAUUACGGUACUCACUAUUCGACCUCGGCGUUUGUCUAUAAUUGGCUCAUUCGAUUGGAACCCUUCACCACAAUGUUCCUGGCCCUACAAGGCGGCAAAUUCGACUACCCGAACCGUCUCUUCUCCUCGAUCGCCUUAUCCUGGAAGAACUGCCAACGAGACACCUCGGACGUCAAAGAGCUCAUUCCAGAGUUCUACUUCCUCCCAGAAAUGUUCAUCAAUUCCAACCGCUAUCGCUUGGGAACAAACGAGGACGGAAGACCGAUAGCGGACGUGGAACUUCCCCCGUGGGCAAACACCCCCGAGGAGUUCGUACGGAUCAAUCGGAUGGCUCUGGAGUCGGAAUUCGUGUCUUGUCAAUUACACCAGUGGAUCGAUUUGAUUUUUGGAUACAAACAAAAAGGACCGGAAGCGGUCAGGGCCACCAACUGCUUCUAUUACUUAACGUACGAGGGUAGCGUCGAUCUGGAUUCGAUCCAGGAUAAAGUGAUGCGGGAGGCGGUGGAGAAUCAGAUAAGGAACUUCGGACAAACCCCGUCGCAGCUGUUGAUGGAACCACAUCCACCCAGGAGUUCCGCAAUGCAUUUGUCUCCAAUGAUGUUCUCCGCCAUCCCGGACGACGUUUGUAUGACGAUGAAGUUCCUGUCCAACAGUCCCAUAGUCCAUAUUUCCGCGAAUACGUAUCCUCAACUACCGAAUCCUUCGGUGGUAACUGUGUCGAUGCAUCAGCAAUUCGCGGUGAACAAGUGGAACUCAGCUUACGCGGCUGUGGCUCAGUCGCCCAGCUACGCGGACACGCCCAAAGAUCAAACGGCCAAUCUGCCGCUGUCCAUGGAUCCCGUUUUGUGUAAGUUAGAAUCCCUAACGAACAACAGCAGCAACCAACAGAACCAGAUGCAACGUCGCAACCUCGGCGACAACUUCAGCCAAAACUUAAAGAUCCGCUCCAACUACUUCGUCACCACCGUCGACUCCAAGUUUCUGAUCGCCUGCGGUUUCUGGGACAACAGUUUCCGCGUUUUUUCCACCGAAAGUGCCAAAAUCGUUCAGAUCAUUUUCGGACACUACGGCGUCGUCACGUGUUUGUCCCGUUCCGAAUGUAACAUCACCUCCGAUUGUUACAUCGCUUCCGGUUCUGCCGAUUGUACCGUACUGUUAUGGCACUGGAACGCUCGUACUCAAACUAUUGUGGGCGAAGGAGAAGUACCGACACCGAGGGCCACUUUAACCGGCCACGAACAACCGGUGGCCAGUGUGGUCAUAUCUGCGGAGUUGGGGUUGGUUGUGUCCGGAUCGUAUAAUGGUCCUGUGUUGGUUCAUACGACCUUCGGGGACUUGCUAAGGUCCCUGGACCCACCAAACGGGUUCCUAUCUCCGGAAAACAUCGCCAUGUCCAGGGAGGGAGUGAUCGUGGUCAAUUAUGAAAAGGGCAACGUCGCUUCGUUCACUAUUAAUGGAAAACGACUGCGACACGAGUCGCAUAAUGAUAAUUUACAGUGCCUGCUUCUAAGUCGUGACGGAGAAUACUUGAUGACUGGAGGUGACAAAGGAAUAGUCGAAGUUUGGCGAACGUUCAACUUGGCAUUACUCUACGCAUUCCCGGCUUGUGAUAGUAGCAUUAGGUCGCUCGCCUUAUCCCACGACCAGAAGUUUUUGCUCGCUGGUCUGGCUUUAGGCUCAAUCGUAGUGUUCCACAUCGACUUCAACCGGUGGCACCACGAGUUCCAGCAGAGAUAUUGAUGGAAAACCUAUUACAGGAAACUGAAAAGGGGCUUUUAUAGGAAAUCCAACGCGUAUAGUAUCUAAAACGCCCUAUUUUUAUUUUAUUUUUUAUUUAUAUAUAUAUACAGGGUGUUUCAUGUUAAAUAUGUGAUUUUAAAGCGGAAAGUUUUUAUUUAAUGUGUACUUUUCAAGGUAAUACAGGGUGUCAAAGU